UACAUCUUUUUAUUUAUUUCCACAAAAAUGUAAAUGACACAGCGUUAAGAAUAUAUCCAUCGGGCUUGAAGUAACUCAUUUAGUUAAGCGCUGAAACAUUUACGUUUGUUUAGCUUGUCAUUUGGACGUAAGACGUGGUGAACACAACAAUGGCUUUUUCUUGGUUGUCGUUUGUUUCAAUUUUAAGUUUGAUAUUGAACUGUUAUGGAAUUAGUCGAUGGGAUGUUUUUUCAACUAAAACGAAAUAUGAAUGGGCUCAUUCUACGACAGCUAAUAUAGAUGAAUACUUUACGUUCACCGAUGGUUCCAAAAUGUGUAAAGCAGUACAUGUUAACAUGGUAACCAGACAUGGCGCCAGAUGGCCAUCAGAGGACGAUAUGGAAGAUAUCAAAGAAAUUCACGAACGUAUUAUUGAAUCUAAACAAUCAAACGUUUACCCGGCGCUCGAUUCAUGGAUACCUAGAUAUGAGGAGUCUAAUGAAAAACAACUGACCGUUGAAGGUCAAAAGGAACAACAAGAAUUGGGCGCUCGGUUAGGCUUACGGCUGAAGACAUUGUUCGAAAAUAACGGGCAAUAUAUAAAGUAUGUUUCAUCUAGCAAAUCCAGAACAAAAAACAGCAACGUCUUCUUUCAUAAGGGACUUUUAACAAAUAUAUCGACCUUGGCAGAAUAUUCCAAUGAAGUCAACGAUGCAUUGAUGAGGUUCUUUGAUGAAUGUGAUAAUUACGAGGAAUCAAUGGAAAGCGAUGACAACAUAGAAGAAUUAAUCGAGUUUUCCAAAUCUCUGAUUUUCGCGAACAUAACUGCCUCAUUAAAGGAAAAACUUGGCAUAUCUUUCAAUCCAUCAGAAGAUGAAAUUAUAUUGAUAAAUGAAUUAUGUGCCCACGAGAAAGCAAUAUUUAACGAAGAAUCUGUUUGGUGCGAGCUUCUUACAGACAACGAAAGAAUCUUCCUUGAAUUCAGAAAUGAUAUUGAAAAAUAUUUUGAGUCAUCUUAUGGUAACCGGAUAAGCAGCAAGAUAUCGUGUCCACUUCUGGGUGAUAUGUUUCACACCAUGGAUAAAGCUAUCAACCAGGAAUGGGAUUAUAAUAACAUGCGUGAUGUAUCCAGCAAUGGAUAUCUUGCCGGUAAAUUUUAUAACGGACACUCAGAUACUUUGAUCCCGUUAAUGACGUCACUCGAAAUCUUCAAAGACGACGUAGAUCUUCUGUUGUCAAAUAUGGAAGCCUUAGUGAACAGAAAAUUUCAAACUAGCAAAAUAUGUCCAUAUUCCGCAAAUCUCGCUUUCGUAUUGUACGUUUGUGACGACUCGAACAGUACCAACUCGAAUAGUACCAUAACAACUGAUAGGUCGUUUAUGCUCAAGAUGUUUGUGAAUGAACAGCCGAUCAGUAUUCCUGCCUGUAAAGCUGACACUUGUUUAUACGACACGGUGCGCCAAUAUUACAGUGACCUCAUCGACAAAUGUGACAUUAAAGCUUUCUGUGAUGAUGAUGAUGACUGUGACGAUGGCACGUGCGGAGCUUCCAGUCUUGGCGUUAGUCUUAUAUUCGUCCAUUUAAUGGCUCUGAUUUUAAGAUUAUUGUAAAUUUAUAUUAAGAAUUAUUAUACAGUCCGGUAUUGACAGUAUUUCUAAUAUAUACUUUUACAAUAUUCUUUGAUAUACUUUUUGUAUCAUAUAAUAAUGACAUUCAUAUCAGUUAUAUCAAUUUCACUUUAAUUCACCUAAAUUUAAAAUAUAUAUAAUGACAUUAUGGUAAUAUUAUUCAUACUGCAUACAUUCUUUAAAAAGAAGUAACAAGAUAUCUAUCCCCAUGAGCAACAACUUAAUAAAACGAUCUUUUGAAAUUUUAGUACAUCAUUUUUGGAUCUUCAUAUUACUGUCUAUUCACCCAAAAAUAUAUCAUGAAAGAGAUGAAUUUGAUUUUUGUAUAAUUAAUUAACCACAUUUAGAUGGAGACGUACCCCAUGUAACAUCUUACGGGGUAUAUGUAUAUGUUUCUCAGUUAAUUAGAUUCGCUAGAGCUUGUAGAAACGUAUAGAUUUCAACGAGCUGAAUAAAAAAAUACGGAAAUAUUUUACAAUACAUUUUGAUUUUAAAAGUGGCUGUAAUCGGUUUCAGGACUUAAUUGUGUGUUUUCAACGUAAAUGACAUUUGUAUAAUCAAUGUUCUGUCAUAUUGCAUACAUUAAUAUGUACCUCUGGUUCACGAUAGUUGCUACUUUCGUUUUCGCCCGAUGAUCAAUUCACUUCAAAUAUUAGAUAAAUUGUUGUUGAAAUAAAUGUGUUAUUAUGCUUUUAUUGUAAUGAAUUGUCAUAAGUGCUUAUUAAAAACAUGUGCUUUAAUGAUGAAUACUGACAACUUUGCAUUUAUAUCAUUGCCACGAAUGUUUUAUGUUUCACUAUUAAUAUACAUGUAUUAAAUUUUGAAUAAUA